AUGCGGUUGUUUCCUUUGAGCUCGAGUUCGAGUUCGAGUUCAAGCUCGGAGAAGGAGCAGAGUAAUGGAGGGAGCAGUAGCGUGAUGUUGUAUCUUAACAUCUAUGAUCUUACACCUAUAAAUAACUACCUUUACUGGUUUGGUCUCGGGAUCUUCCAUUCCGGUAUUGAAGUGCAUGAUAUGGAGUAUGGCUUUGGAGCCCACGAGUACCCAACCAGUGGGGUGUUUGAGGUGGAACCAAAAAGUUGUCCAGGCUUCAUUUUUCGACGGUCUGUGGUAUUGGGCAGCACCAACAUGUCUCGUUCAGAAUUUCGGUCAUUCAUGGAACAUCUUUCUGCAAAAUAUCAUGGAGACAGUUACCAUUUGAUUGCCAAGAAUUGCAACCACUUUACUGAUGAAGUCUGUAAGCGAUUAACUGGAAAGCCUAUUCCUGGAUGGGUAAAUCGGAUGGCUCGAUUAGAGUUUUUAUUUGAAGUUUCAGGUUCUUUCUGUAAUUGUUUACUGCCAGAAAGCAUACAGAUCACAGCAGUUAGACAUCUUCCUGAUCAUCCAACAUAUUCUGGUAAGUUUGUUCGAUUAAUCAAGGUUCUCUCCUUUGUUAGUUCAAAGAUUUUUGGUAGGGCAGAGGGAACUUCUGCAUGUGGUUGUUUGAUGUUUUUGAUGGGGAUUAUGUUUUCUUACCUGGAUCCUAACACCGAUGCAGAUGAUGAUGAUGAUGGAUUGGAAUCUGUUGCGUCAUCUAUAACAGCAGGGAGCGAAGAAGAGGGUUCAAAUCAUCAUCUGCUAACUUCACCAAAUGGUGAAGUUGCAUUUUUAAAGGAGAAACCAAUGAGGCUAGCAAGGGAACUCCUAUAG